UAUACUGUACCAUGGAAACAUCAUCCAAACAGAGGGUAAAAGAGGACUACCGUGGGAAUUGGGGAAACAUGCAUAUUUUUGGCGGACAGAGAGAGCUUUGUGAGAUCUCUGUGUGUUUGUAUUCGAUGUUCGAGUAGAACGGAAUAGAUCGAUGAUGAGAUGAAUUUGGUUGGGAGAGAUCGAAUUGAAUCAUUUGUUUCCAUUUUCGUUACUGUUCUUCCCCACGAGCUCUUCGCAUUGCUUUACUCUUCCUCCACUUUUUUCUGUAUAUUGAGCGCAUACUUUGUGGUUCUUCCUUUACGUGAUGAAGGGGCUAUUUCUUUGGGCUUGGGUAAUCUGCCCAGCUUAUUUGUCGGAUCCUUGCUUCUCACACUCCUUGCCGCUCCUCUUUCUACCUUAAUCUUUUCAUUGCCUAAUCUUUCCAAGUCCAAGGCUUUGGUCUUGAUACACAGGUUUUUUGGGGUCACACUUAUUGCAUUCUACAUCCUGUGGCUUUCCUCUACUCCCGGGAGUUCACCAUUUAAUGUCAAGGGACUCUUCUCUGUGUCCUCAACUUUAAAACAGGAACUAAAAGUGCAAGUGAGUCACACGAAUGCUUCAAACUUGUCGAGUUGGAGCAACCAUGGGUGGUUUUACGUGUCAGUGAGAAUUGGCCUGUUUCUUUGGGUUGCGUUGCUUAAUCUUAUUACCAUAUCGUCAACUUGGGCUAGAGUUAUUGAUGUGAUGGAUAGUGAGUCAGGUUCAAGACUGUUUGGGUUUAUUGGUGCUGGUGCUACACUUGGCCAGCUGUUUGGUUCAUUAUUUGCUACAGGAAUGGCUUGGUUAGGACCGUAUUUGCUUCUUGUUUCAGCAAUUCUCAUGGAACUUGCUGCGCAGUCAUCAAAAGGAAUCAAGAAAGAUGUCUUACAACUUCCUGAAGAACUAUCUUCCAUCAGAGAAGCUGAUUCCGAUCAAUCUAAAGAGGCCGAGAAUGAGCCAGGACUCACACAGAGAACAACUUCCCCAAAAUCGUCAGCUUCUGUAGCAAAACCUCAGUUCUGGGCUGUAUUGGAUGGGCUAAAGCUCAUUCUAUCUUCGACUUACUUGUUGCACGUAGCAUUAUUCCUUUGGCUGAGUGCAGUUGUGUCCUCCUUCUUUUACUUUCAGAAAGUAACUGUUAUUGCUGCUGCAGUAACCGAUUCCACUGGUAGGAGGAGAUUAUUUGCACAGAUCAAUAGCUUUAUUGCCAUUUUUAUCCUUGCUGGACAGCUAACUUUGACGGGCCGCAUCCUUACUUUUGCUGGUGUUACUCUAGCCAUUUGCUCCGCACCUUUUGUUGCCUUCACAAAUUUAAUUGCUUUAGCAGUAUGGCCUACCUGGAUUGCAGUGGCCAUCUCAGAAACCCUGAGGAAGGGUGCAAGGUGUUUCACUAUCGCCCUCCCGUUUUGGUUACGUUCUCUCGGCCGGAUGUGCCUAUGUCAUUAGAACAGGUGAGGAAGACCUCCAACUAUACCACCUGCCUAUCAGUAUAACUUACUCUACAGGCAAGCUAACCCAAAUAUAUAUUAAUGAGAUAGAGCUAGCAGUAAGGUCCGAAAAGAGCAUUAGGGUAUGCGAUGACCCUUGCAUGGUAAAAUCAAGCAAGUUGUCGAAAGCCGACACUACCUAACUGUGCCAUGAGUUGUGUUCACCGGUAAAUCCGGAGAAGGGGAACUUCAAUUAAGAAAGAAUAAGAAUAAUAAGAAUUGCUCAAGUAAGGUAGUCCCUUCUUUUUAUGGUAGACCACUCUGUUCGUAGCAAAACACCUGCUACAAAAUCAUAAUGGGACAAGUCAACAAGAAUAAGGUCGUACUCCUUAUAUCUGUUCAAACCAAAAUGUAGGUAUUAUUUAAUUCUAGUUGAUUUCUUUACUGACCAUGUUCCAAGAAUGAAAUGUGUUAUAUAUUGUGAGAAAUAUAGAAGAAAAAUAUCAUUGAAUUGUUGUAACUACGUUACUACAUUGAGAUCCUAUUUAUAGACACUAUAUUCCAAUCCUUUUCCAAGGACAUUGCAUUACAAUUCUUUUCUAAGUAGGAUUCUGUAUACUAUUCCUUUUCCUACUCAUAUUCUAACACUCCUUCUCAAGCUAGUGCAUACAUGUCAUAUGUACCAAUCUUGUCAUGGAUGUCUCUAAGAAAAUUGGUAAGGACUGCUCGAGAAGUAUGGUCCAUCACAGUUGAAAAGGAACAAACUGAAGUGGUCAUGAAAGUCGUAAACGUCACUGGGAAGUAGAUUUGUCACUGGAAAAUUGCCGAAAACUGGUAUAGAAUAUAUGGAUCAUUUUGAAAUCAAGAUAUGGGUAGAUCUUGAACAAGAAAGUCACCUAAAAAUUGGUCGGAUCAUCUUCAUGCGCCGGAUUAUUCGAUUUGACGGCUGAGAAAUGGUCAAAAUCUGAGAAAUUAUAUGGGUAGGUCGGAAUGAUGGCAUGACCCUACUGGAAAAGAGAAAUUAUAUGGGUAGUGUCGGAAUGAUGGCAUGACCAUGCUGAAAAAGAGAAAUUCUUGAACUUUCCAAACCAGGCUUGAGGAGACUAUUCUAGAUCAUAAAAUUAUAUGGGUAGGACCAGAAUGCUGGCAUGAUCCUACUGGAAAAGAUAAAUUAUAUUUGUAGGAUCAGAAUGAUGCACGGCCCUACUGAAAAAGACAAAUUUUAUGGUAGGAUCGGAAUGAUGGCACGACCCUAUGCAAAUUAGAUUUGAGGAGUCACUGAAAUGGCACACGAUGCUACUCAACUUGGAUAUGAGAAUAUAGUUUGGAAAGAUGCACGGUGAUACGCAAAUCAGAUAUGAGAAAGUAGUCACCGGAAAGAUGCACGGUGCUAUGCAAAUUAGAUAUAGGAAAGUAGUCACCGAAAAGAUGCACGGUGCUACGGAAAUUUGGUAUGAGAAAGUAGUCACCGGAAAGUUACCGGUGCUACGUAAAUUAGAUAUGAGGAGGCACUGGAAAGAAGCAUGAUGACUCAACUUUUGCUAACAUGAUCAUCGAUCAGACGUGCGACAUAUAUUGGUUAUAAUCGCCCAUGAAGAAUUUUUGAUUCUUUACUAAGAUCAUAGAGGCUCUAAUACAAUGUGAAAUUAGGUCUUAGGCCUAUCACACCCCAAAAGCUAGCUCAAAGGGGGAGGAACGCCCAAAUCUUAUAAGAUUCGAAAGAUGUGUUUUCUUUAGUGUAGUCAUACAGAGAUUGCAUUUAUUCAUACACACUAAAGAAAACACAUUCUGUAUGACUACAUUCGAAAAAUGUGUUUUCUUUAGUGUGUAUGAAUAAAUUCAUUUCUUCGUACCCAUUUGCCAUUUUUCUAAAUCUUUGAAACCCAACUGAUCAAAUUCAAAUUAUUUGGUUGAAGAAGUGUGUUGUGUAAUCUCUGUUUUUGAACUGGUCGUUGAUGUCAUCAUUUUUUCUCUUCAACCAAAUAUAGAUAGUUUGGGUCUCUGGGUUGGGUUAUUGGAAGCGGGAUCCGGGUUGGGUUUAGGGAUUAUUAAGUUUUUGAUUAAUUAAAUUUCAAACAGUAAGAAACUGCCACAUAUUACAUGAAAAUGAUAAUUUAUUUUUAAAAUUUUCUGUUAAGGAGAAGGGUAAAAUAGCGCCAUAUAGGUGGAUGGAAGGGUAUUUUUGAGCUCAAAGGUGGAAGGAGGGUAUUUUAGGAUCAUUUUCAAUACUUGAAGGGUAUAUUAGACCCUUUUCCGUGAUAAAAACUGGGCUUGGUUGGAUUUUUUUGUUUAAUCCAAAUACUGACACCUAAUAAUGGCAUUUAACCAAAUGUUUACGGAGUUGAUAAGAAAUAUGUAGUUGAAACAGAAAGUUAUUGCAUCUAAGGAAGAAAUAAAAAGAAAUACACAGUUGGAACUCUAUUAUAUUGGCUAGAGCUUUUAUUAUUUGGCAAGAGAUAGUGAAUAUUCAGCCUAGUCUUUUUAUGGGUUUGUCCCGAAAAAGAAAAAAUACAUAGCUGAAAUGAAUAGCCAUCAUCUAAAGAUAGAAAGAGAUACAUAAUUGAAACUUCAUUAUUUUGGCUAAAACUUUUCUAUUUGGCUAAAUAAUGAAGUUUCAACUAUGUCCCGAACUAUAAUACAUAGUUGGAAGCACCCUAAGGUUGCGUCCUAGUGGUCAAUGAAGUGGGUUGCCAAUCCGAGGUCUCAGGUUCAAAUUCCAGCAUAGACAAAAAAACACUAAAACACUCGGUGAUUCUUCCCAUCCAUCCUAUGGACAGAGUUACCUGAUAUUUCUUGUUGAUGGGAGGUGACAGAUAUCCUGUGGAUUGGGUCGAAGUGCGCAAAAGAUGGCCCGGACACCACAGUUAUUAAAAAAAAUACAUAGUGGAAAUACAUAGCCUAUUGCAUCCAAAAAAGAAAAGAAAGAAACAUACAGUUGGAAGUUGGAAUCCAUUAUUGUAGCUAAAACUUUUUUCAUUUGUCUAAAAAUAAUGGUGUUUCAGCCAAUUCUUUUACAUUUUUGGUAUGACAAUGAAGAAAUCCACAGUUGAAACAAGUAAACUUUGCCUUUUAAAGGAGAAAACAAAAAGAAAUUCAAAGAUAGAUUAAAAUACGUAUUGUGUAUUAAGAAGAAGCAAGGAGAAACA